UAAGUUUCUGUUUCAAGAAAUGGGUAUAUUUCUGUUACACUUUCAUUUUCUCAUGAAGACCCUCCCCUUUUGAUAAGCUAUAAAAUGGGCACUGAAACAGACGUUAUUUCAUUCUCCUCCUGAUCAAAGAUGGAUCUGCAAAUCUCAGUUUUUCUUUUCUUCAUUCUUUUCACUGCAGGACACUCUCUCAGCUGUUAUGAGUGUAUGGGUCUGAAAGGUUCUUGUGCAGAUCAGAAGUUAAAAACAUGUCCUAGUGGAUUUUCUCAGUGCAUGAGUUCAACAGGAGUGGCACAAGCUGGUGGCAUUAGUGCUAAAGUGAAGAUUAAAGAUUGUGCUCCUGCCUGUCAAAGUGGGUCCCUGAACAUAGGCACUUUAAAGUCGACUAUUUCCUGCUGUAACACAGAUCAGUGUAACCUCCAAGAUGCUCCAGAUCCCUCUAAUGUCCCCAAUGGAAAGACAUGUUACACCUGUGAUGUUCAGAGCUGCUCAAACAUUUUGAACUGUUUUGGGGAUGAAGACCGCUGCAUUACAGCAACAGCGACUUCUGGAGGCCAGUCAGUUUCUGUAAAAGGCUGUGCAUCUAAAUCUAUUUGUGGCACCACAGCAUCAGUUAGUGAUUUUGGGAGCUUCUCAUGUUGUGAGGGGAACCUGUGUAACGGUGCUCAGAGUGUCUCCCAGAGCUUCCUGUUCCUCUGCUGUUCUCUGCUCUCCUACUUCCUGCUGCACUGAAUCCAGCAGCUCUUCAUCCUACAAUAAUACAUAUAUCAAAUCAUCUAUCAGAGGAAAAUAUUAGAAUUAUUUCUUUAUUGAUUCAAUACAUUUUUUUGUAAAACAAUAAUUGUGUUCUCAAUAUCAGGAUUUUCCUGUUCAGUUAAAUAUCACAAAUGCAACAAGAGAAAUAAACAGAUAUUAUGAUAAAAUUUUACAAAUACUUUGUAAAUGUUUAUCAUUUUACCUCAUGCACAUCAUGCAAUUAAAAGUUUUGUAUAUUACUCAGUUUUUGUUUGAGUGUUGAUUAUUAUAUCUGACAAUAAAUAGCAAUUUGAUAGUUUGAGCUCUAUUAAUAAUUGUUAUGGCUUUUCUUUAAGCAUUUGUCUUUGAUAACAGGAGUGAGCAAGUUUUUCAUGUGUACAGAGUCCAUAGAAGCAAACAAUGUCUUUCUUUUGUUCCAAUGAAUAAACAUUGCCUUAAAUCCA